AUGGAUUUCUGGGAACUGCUACACGGGCUUUUCUGGGUCAGCGGCCCAGGGUUGCUGGCGAUAUUAUUUAAGGGUCAGAGCUUGCCGCCAAAGAAAAGCUCUCGGAAACUAUCUCCUCCCUCUUUGAAAACAAAACCGUUCAAACCAAAAACACUCCUCAGUGUGCUUUUCAAGAUGAGGUAUACCGGCCUUUUGUCUUUUGCCUUGCUCCCACUUGUGCCCGCCGUCGCCGGCUUUGACCAGAACGGCCGCACUGUGACCAUUCAGCUCGCCAAUGAUCAUUCCGGAGUCAAUGCCGACAGAUGCGUCCCCGCCGAUGGCAAGAAAUACCCCGUCAGCGCUUUCUGGAGCAACAGCGCGCUCUCGCAAAACGGUGGAAUCUUUGCCACAAAUGGGCAACUUAUUGCCUAUCCGCAGAAUGCGGCUUGCAACAUUGAAUGCCCCCACGGCACUUUGGGCUUCAAUUCCAGAACCACUUGGCUCUCCUUGGCAAACGGACAACAGGUGGAUAUGCGAGACGCUUUUGUCACGUGUCACGAAAACUGGUGGUAA